CAGCUCUUCCAGCAACAAGCAACAGCUAGCCAAUUUCGAAAGCCCCCAAGCCACCUGUCAACAUGAAGUUCUUCGCUGUCCUGAUCUGCUUCUUUGCCAUUCUGGCUGUCGCAAUGGCGGCUACUGCCACAGGCACCACGGGCACCAGCACAACUACGACAACGCCCUCGUCGCCCUCGACCAGUACAUACACCUACACCACCACCCCAACCAGCCCAACCACAUCAACCUAUACCUACACGGACACCACAACCACCACGAGGCCCUUCAAGCAGCAGCUCCUGUCCCUGCUGUUCAACAAGAACGGAUAGACUCCAUCCUAUCUACGACGCCGCCACUUGGAACGAUCCGUAUCACCUGAAUAGCCAAUAAAUUAAAAAACACCAAAACAAA